CAAGCCAAUCUUCAGCAAGUGGUGCCUAGCAACAGACCUCACAACCUCAUUGGUCAGCUACAGGAAGUAACCAUAACUGGGUCACUUCCUGUUUCCUGUACCCACUGGGCCUGAGGACAGAGCUGUGUGUGUGUGUGUGUGUGUGUGCCUGUGUGUUUAUCAGGGAGAGUGUGUGAGUAGUACGAUGGGGAUGCCAUCUCUCAGUUCCAUCCUGCAGCUCAAGUGUGGCUGUGAGCAGAGAAGAAGUCCACACUGCGCUGCACUCAACACAGGCCAGCACUGACCACACACACACACACACACACACACACACUCAGAUACACACACACACAGGCUAGUCUCUCUCUAUCUCUGUCUCACACACACACACACACACACGCACCAGCAGGACCAUGGCUCCUCUCCCUCCCAGCUGAUAGGAGCAGCGCCCACUAGACUCGCUAGUGCCAGAGCCAGAGUCACUGAGGCUCCUCCCCUCCCCAGCACAGCUGCUGUUCCACCCACGGCCUGCAGAUGGCAGCAGAGGACGGCUUCCAGUUCCGCGCGCUCUGUGCGUGGGGGGGGCGUGAGCGGCCCGGGGACCUGGAGCUGGCGCCGGGGGACCUGCUGACGGUGGGGGCGGGGCUAAGCCACGACGAGGGCUACCGGGAGGGGUCGGAGGUCGCGCCGGCCGGCCUAGGGUGGCUCGCCGGGGUCAACGAGCGCACGGGCGACAGCGGCAACUUCCCCGGAACCUACGUGGAGUACGUGGGCAGGGUCAAGACGGACACGCCCACUCAGAUGCCACGCCCACAGAGACCGCUGCCCCCGACGCCGCCGACACACACCCUGCGAGGAGAGACGGAUGCCACUGACCCAUAUCAGAGCCCCUCGCAGCCCCCUCUUGAGACCCCUCCUGCCAUCGUUGUGAAGCUGGUGGGAGCAAUUGAAAGGAGAGGGUUGGACUCUGAGAUGCUGUACCGGACACACACUCUCAGAGCGGACACUGACCAGAGGGGGAGCCUGAGCGCCGAAAUCACAGAAACGGAUCUGAACCACACCAACAUCCAAGCCCUCUCGCUCGGCCUUAUGGGAUACCUGCAGGACCUCCCAUCUCCCAUCAUGCCUUGCUCCGUCUUCCCACAGCUGAAGGCUGCACUGGCCGAGGGAACAGGAGCGUCGGCAGAGGUGUCGUCAGGGCUGAUGAAUGUUCUGGAGUCGAGUGGGGUUCCGUUUGAGAACCUGCAGACCCUGCAGUACCUGCUGCGGCACCUGGAACGUGUGUGUCAACACGCCCAGCACAACGGCCUGGACACACACACACUCAGCACCAUCUUUGGGCCUCUGCUGCUGCCUGUCCCUCCAUCAGGGCUGGAGGAGGACGAGCAGGUUCCUGCUCAGGUGCUGGAGAGACUUCUUCAAGAGAGAAGUUGGGAAGAGGAGCAAACGCCUCCAGCUUUGCCACCCAAACCCUGCAAAGCUGCCCGGGCACCAUCCGUAACCGAGGGCGACAGCAAGCUGGCAGAGGCAGAGUGGUACUGGGGAGACAUCUCCAGGGAAGAGGUGAAUGAGAAGAUGCGGGAUAUGCCAGAUGGCACCUUCCUGGUGCGGGACGCCUCCAGCAAACUACAGGGGGAAUACACACUCACACUCAGGAAAGGGGGCAACAACCGGCUGAUAAAGAUCUUCCAGCGCGGCGGCCGCUACGGCUUCUCUGAGCCCCUCAGCUUCUGCUCCGUAGUGGAGCUCAUCCAGCACUACCACCACGAGUCCCUGGCCCAGCACAACAGCACUCUGGACACACGCCUGCUCUACCCAGUCUCCACACACCAGCAGGAUUGUGUGGUGAAGGAGGAGAGCAUAGAGGAGGUGGGGGAGCAGCUUAGAGUUUAUCACGAGCAGUACCAGGAGAAGAGCCGAGAGUACGACACGCUAUACGAGGAAUACACACGCACCUCUCAGGAGCUGCAGAUGAAGCGAACAGCUAUCGAGGCGUUCAACGAGACCAUCCGCAUCUUUGAGGAGCAGUCUGAGACGCAGGAGCGCUACGGCAAAGAGUACAUGGACAAGUUCAGCAGAGAGGGCAAUGACCAGGAGGUGCAGAGGAUCCAGAGCAACUCUGAGAAGCUUCACUCGCGUGUGACGGAGAUCCACGACAGCAAGCAGAAGCUGGAGCAGGACUUAGCGCAGCAGGCGGCCGAGAAUCGCGAGACGGACCGCAGAAUGAACAGCCUCAAACCCGACCUCCUGCAGCUCCGCAAGAUACGAGACCAGUACCUGCUUUGGCUCACACAGAAGGGCACCAAGCAGAAGAAGCUCAAUGAGUGGUUGGGCAUCAGGAGCGACACAGAAGAUGUGUGUGCGCUGGUGUGUGAGGAAGAGGAGGAUGACGAGCGCAGCUGGUACCUUGGCGACCUGAAGCGUGCGGCGGCCGAGGAGCUGCUGAGGGGACGAGCCACCGGAACCUUCCUGAUCAGAGACAGCCAGACGCAGAGGGGAGCUUACGCCUGCUCCGUAGUUGUGGACGGUGAGGUGAAGCACUGUGUGAUCUUCCGGACGGCGUCUGGCUUUGGUUUUGCGGAACCCUACAACCUGUACGGCUCCCUGAAGGAGCUGGUGCUCCACUAUCAACACAACUCUCUAGUGCAGCACAACCAAGCCCUCAACGUCACACUCACCUGGCCUGUGCUGUCUCAACCACACACACACACAUGACCACACACACACACACACACACACACACACACACACACACACAUGACCACACACACACACACACACACAUGACCACACACACACACACACACACACACACACACUACCAACACAACUCCCUAGUGCAGCACAACCAGGCGCUCAACGUCACCCUCACCUGGCCUGUGCUGUCUCAACCACACACACACACAUGACCACACACACACACACACACACACACACACACACACACACACACACACUACCAACACAACUCUCUAGUGCAGCACAACCAGGCGCUCAACGUCACCCUCACCUGGCCUGUACACACACACACACACACACACACACACACACACACACUAUCAACACAACUCUCUAGUGCAGCACAACCAAGCGCUCAACGUCACACUCACCUGGCCUGUGC